AUGGAGAAAUCGCAAUCACCGUCUGAUACACGGGGAAGAAGUGUUGUAGUUGAUGUAGACAACACUAAAGAUCGCAUUAGCGAUCUCCCAAACGAAAUUUUGGGUAAAAUCAUAUUAAAACUUCCUUUAGACGAAACUGUGAGAACUAUGGCUCUAUCAAAACGAUGGAAGAGUAUAUGGGAUGAUAAUUGAGGAUAAAUGUUGUAUCAAAAUCUUUUGU